AUGCCUCCUAAAAAUGCUUCCUUUGUGACUGAAUUCAUUCUAAUGGGGCUAACAGACUUACCAUAUCUCCAGCUCCCCCUGUUCUUCCUGUUUCUACUCAUGUAUGUGGUCACUGUGUUGGGAAAUUUGGGCUUGGUAACUCUAAACCUGCUGAAUUCACACCUGCACACGCCCAUGUACUUUUUCCUCUUGAAUUUGUCCUUCAUAGACCUCUGUUAUUCUUCUGUAUUUACACCCAAAAUGCUGAUUAACUUCACAUCAAAGAGGAAUAUUAUCUCCUACAGCGGAUGUAUGACCCAGCUCUUCUUCCUCUGUGGUUUUGGUAUUUCUGAAUGUUAUAUGCUGACAUCAAUGGCCUGUGAUCGCUAUGUGGCCAUCUGUAACCCACUUUUAUAUAAUGUUGCCAUGUCCCCUAAAGUGUGUUUCAGCUUUAUGCUUGGUUCAUAUUUGAUGGCAUUUUUGGGUGCCAUGGCUAACACAGGAUGCGUGCUGAGACUGAAUUUCUGUGAUGCAGCCACUAUUAACCAUUAUUUGUGUGACAUGCUCUCUUUGCUCCAACUCUCAUGCACCAGGACUUAUAUCAGUGAGCAUGCUUUUAUUUCGGUGGGCAUUGAUAUCAUUGUGCCCAGUGUCACCAUCUUUGUCUCUUAUGGUUGCAUCCUGUCCAGCAUCCUGCGCAUCAGCUCCCCUGAGGGCAGGUUCAAAGCCUUCAGCACCUGCAGUUCCCACAUAUUUGCUGUUUCUCUCUAUUUUGGAUCUGGUGCAUUUGUGUAUCUUAAACCAUCUUCUGUUGGGUCAAUGGGUGAGGGAAAAAUCUUUUCUGUCUUUUAUACCAAUGUGGUUCCUUUGAUGAACCCCUUCAUUUACAGCUUGAGGAACAAAGACGUUAAACUUGCUCUGAGAAAAACCCGAAGUGGUAGAACAUUUUGA